AUGACCAUCACCGAGCAUCCCUGGUGGAAGAAUGCCACCAUCUACCAAAUCUACCCGGCGAGUUUCAAAGACUCCAACGGAGACGGCCUGGGCGACCUUCCAGGCAUCUUGUCCGAGAUCGACUACAUCAAGUCUCUUGGCGUUGACGCAAUCUGGAUCAGCCCCAUGUACGACAGCCCUCAGUAUGACAUGGGAUACGACAUUUCCGACUAUGAGAAGGUCUAUCCCCCAUAUGGCACGGUUGAGGACAUGGAGCGCAUCAUCGAGGCCUCCCACGCACGCGGUAUGCGUGUGCUGCUCGAUCUUGUUGUGAACCACACCUCGCACGAGCACGCGUGGUUCAAGGAGGCGCGGUCGUCGAAGGAGAACCCCAAGCGCGACUGGUACGUCUGGAGGCCUGCCAAGUACGACGCGCAGGGCAACCGCAAGCCGCCGAACAACUGGCGCAGCAACUUCGGCGGCAGUGCCUGGGAGUGGGAUGAAGCGACGCAGGAGUACUAUCUGCACCUCUUUUGCCCGGAGCAGCCGGACUUGAACUGGGAGAACGCCGAGACCCGUGCCGCUAUUUAUGAGUCUGCAAUGGAAUUCUGGCUGCGGAAGGGAGUUGAUGGCUUCCGUGUUGACACUGUGAAUAUGUACAGCAAGCACCAAGACUUCGCCGACGCCGCCAUCAUCGACCCGCACACGCCGUGGCAACGCGCCUCGUCCAUGUACUGCAACGGGCCGCGCAUGCACGAGUUCCUGAGCGAGAUGAACGACGUGCUGUCCAAGUACGGCGCCAUGACGGUGGGCGAGCUGCCGCACACGCACGAGCGCGACCACGUGCUGCGCUACGUGUCGGCCUCCGCGCGGCAGCUGGACAUGACCUUCAUGUUCGAUGUCGUCAACAUCGGCUUCGGCUCCGACCAGCGCUUCGACACGGAGCCCCGCGCGUGGCGGCUGCGCGAACUCAAGGCCGCCGUGCUGCGCACCCAGGACAUCAUCGACGGCACCGACGCCUGGACCACCUCGUUCAUCGAGAACCACGACCAGGCCCGCUCCAUCUCCCGCUUCGGCUCCGACCGCUCCCCCCAGCUGCGUGACGUCAGCGGCAAGAUGCUGGCCCUCUUGCUGUCGUCCCUGUCCGGCACCCUGUUCGUCUACCAGGGCCAGGAGAUCGGCAUGGUCAACGCCCCCGAGAGCUGGUCUAUCGACGAGUACAAGGACGUCGAUAGCAAGAACUUCUCCGCUUUCAUGGAGGAGCGGUACAAUGGCGAGGCGGCGCCCCGCGUCAAGGCUGCCCUGCAGCACCUUGCGCGCGACCAUGCUCGCCUGCCUAUGCAGUGGGAUGCGUCGUACCAGGCUGGCUUCACAACCUCGGACAAGCCGUGGAUGCGUGUGCACGACAACUACAAGGAAGUCAACGUGCAGACUGAGACGGCGAAGAAGGACUCCAUCCUGGCUUUUUGGCGCCAGAUGUUGCGCUUGCGGAAGGAGUUCGCGCCCAGCCUGGUGUUUGGAACGGUGCAGAUCCACGAUUUGGAGAAUGAGAAGACUUUUGUGUUUGAGAAGAAGGGGAAGGGUCAGAGUGCUGUGGUGGCGCUGAACUUCACCGAAGAGGAUGUCCCGGUCGAGGUACCUGGGAAGGCCGGAAAGAAGCUCGUGGCUAGUAAUUAUGAAGAUGAGGUUGAGGGUCUGCUGAGGCCAUUUGAGGGCAGGGUCUGGAUUGGUUCGUGA